AGCUCCCUCCGCAAGUUGAUCCCCUUCGGCAACCGCGUGCUGGUCAAGCGCUUCGAGGCCGUGGCCAAGACGGCCAGCGGCAUCUACCUGCCGGACGCCGACGCCAAGCAGCAGAACGAGGGCGAGGUGGUGGCCGUGGGCCCCGGCGCCCGCGCCACGGACGGCUCGCUCGUCCCGGCCCAGAGCGCCGUGGGCGACAAGGUGCUGCUGCCCGAGUACGGCGGCAGCUCGGUCAAGCUGGACGGCCAGGAGUUCUUCCUCUUCCGCGACGAGGACAUCCUCGGCAAGCUCGAGUAA